AUGCGGCGAAAAUUCCGCAGUUGUGACAUAGUCCUUCGAAACACUCGAAACAUUCUGUGCUUUUUCGCUAUCCUGUCUGUGUUGUUUAUUUAUAGAACUAGGAAAAUACACAGUGAUCGGAUUAGAAGCAAACUUUCUAAAAAUGCAAUUAAAUUUAUUGACUUUCAAGAACUAAAUUACGAGAGCUUACAAAUAGAUACCCUGAAAAAAGUUAUCUUCAAGUAUAAUCAAGAAGAACGUAUAUUGAACGCCGAUGUUUAUGAAGCCAUGAAAGACGAUGCUCCCAUCUUCGUAAUUUUCACUGACAAAUAUAAAGCAAAUUUAAAAUACCUUAUUGCGUCUUUGGAGCAUGUAUUGGGAAUAGCAGAUGCGUUGAUAAUAUUUUCACAUUCGUACUUCGAUGAGAAUGUAAACAGCUUGAUAAAAUCAAUUGACUUCACUAGAGUAAUGCAAAUUUUUUACCCGUAUUCAAUACAGGCAUUUCCCCAAGAAUUUCCAGGUCAUCAGUCAGGAGACUGUACACGUUUUACGGGCAUAGAUAAUGCCAGGUCUAUUAAUUGUACGGGGGCAAAUACACCAGACAUACAUGGGCGGUACAGAGAUCCCAUUCUGUCUCAAACAAAACACUUCUGGUGGUGGACGUUAAAUACGGUAUUUGAAAAACUAUCACAUACUAAAAACCAUAAAGGAAUGUAUAUUUUCAUAGAUGAUGAUGUAUUUUUGUUGGAAGAUUCUAUCUACAUGACAUUACAAAUGAAAAAAAUAAGCAAACUUGUAUCUCAAUGUGACAUUGUAUCUUUAAUGAGACCAGGUCAUCCGAAUUUCUCAGAAACAAGGACUUAUGGUGCUGAUUUGAGUACUUGGGAUCCCAAGCAACAUUCUAGCGUGAUUGCUUUCGAUUUACAAGUUUGGAACAGCAUUGCAGCACAUUAUUUUCUUUUUUGCACUGUUGAUGAUUAUUCCUGGUCACGUUCUUUGUUUCACGUUUCCAUGAAUAGGAGAGAUGGCAGUAGGUUCAAAGUUAUAUCUAGCACCGUUCCUAGAGCAUAUCAAACUAGUAAAGUUUCAAGCUUUUCUAAACAAAUCGAGGAGUACAGUAUUAUGAAUAGCAUAUACGAGGUUCUCGAAAUGCAGAAGCGAAAUCAGGAAACCUUUUUUCCAUCUCAAUUGGAAGUUUAUCUUAAUAUCGAGCUAGAAUAUGAUGAAUUUGAGAUUUUUGAUUAUACUGAAAGCAACGGAGGUUGGGCAGAUAUAAGGGAUAAACAAAUGUGUACAAAUAUAACGGCGAACAAAGUGAAAAAACUCCUACUAGACAUGAAUGGAGAAUUUAACCAUUACAAGAAUGACGAUGACGUGCCUGAAAUGGACGAGGAUCGAAGUAUUUAA